CUCCAGCCACACUCUCGCUCUCUCUCUGCUUGCCGACCAUGGACCACCUGCUCAACGACGCGCCGCCAGAGGACACCAAUGACGAAGUCGCUGUCAAGAAUGAGGCGCCAGCUGUCGUCAGCCCCAGUAGCUCGGCCGCCAGCCUCGGCCUUCACAUGCUCUCGGUGUCAGCCGCUGCCCCCGCUCUGAGCGCGCAUCCUGGAGCGCCUCCGCGUUUACCACCCAUCAGUCUUCUAACGGCUGCAGCCGCCGCACUGCAGCCCAUGCAGUGUCAGCCGCUGUACACGCAGACGCCACCGCAACCUCAGCUACGCCCUGCGAUGACAUCGCCGUUGCCAGUUCCCACCUCCUCCGUGGCCAUUUCUGAGACCGCGCUCCCCGCGGGCGACAUGCUGUGUCGCUACCGCAACAAGAAGUGCGGAUACCCGCGUGCAAUCAAGCGUAACGGCGAGCGCCACAACUUGUGCGAGCGCCAUCGCGCCAAGGCGAACCAGAACCAGCGCAAGCUCGAGAGCAAGCGUCGCACGCAGAAGCGAAUGAAGCAGCGUGCCCACUCGCUCGGCGCUGACCGCAUCGUUAAGGCCAAGAAAGCCGCCGCCUCGGCUGAGACCGAAAUCAGAUUCACCCUUUAUGGAGGCUCCGUCGCAUGA